UGAAGGCAAAACAAACACAAGAAGUCUCAGCUAUCACGGAAUUUCAAUUCCCAAAGGAGAUUCUUGCGAAUCCAGACAUCUGACAUUUUUCUUAUUUCUAGUGGCCUUUAUCCAUCCCACCAUCGCCGGGGUGGAUUCAUUGAUUCAAGAGCCUCUCUCGCCUGCACGAAUGUCAUGGCGGCAAGCCACUAGUUCCGCCCAUCUGGCGUAGAAAGCAAAUCCUUGGAAGGAGAAGUGGCAGUAGCCUGCGGAAGGAAGUAUGUUCAUGGCUUCUCAGAUCUUGGUUUCUGCACAGCCCAGCACGCCGAGCUCUUCCGCCAUCCUGCAGACCUCCAUCAUUCAGAGAAACCUAAAAGUUUCUUUAUUCUCACCUCCCAACUUUCUCAUUCCCCGCCUCCUUGUUGUUCCAAAAGGAAAACCUACCUCAGUUUCCGGUAGAAAUGGUAAGAUUGUGGCUUAUAUGGAGACAUCCAAUUCAUUCGGGAACUUUUUCCGGAAGGUGGUCGGCGCCCUUCCGGUUGUCGGCCUCGUAGCGAGGAUUGUCAGUGAUGAGGGAGGAAUCGGGGACGACCUCAUCGAUUUUGCUGAGUUUCGGAGAAGGGUAGGGAAGAAAUGCGGCGUAGAGGACUCGAAGGCGUUCUACGAGUUCAAAGAUCGGCGAGGUCGGGAAGGAGAACCUUUAUACGUCCUACUUUGCUGUUGGUUGGCUGCCGUUGGUGCUGGUCUUUUGAAGUCAGAGGAUAUUUUAACUGGGGUAGCGAGACUUCGCAUAUCCAACGAUUUAGAAUUUGAAGAGCAGACCUUUGUUGCCAUGAUGAAUGAUGCAAAAGCGAGAAGAGCAAAGCUCAAGGCUGCAAAUCCUGAAAUACCUAUGGAAAUUCGAGCAGAAAAGGCUUUGGAAGCAAUUCAUGUAUGCUGUUUUGGCAAGGAUCCCAUAGAAGAGGAAGAUGAAAAACUACUCUGUGUCAUGCUUAAUGCAGUAUUUCCAUCGGUUGGGCAAUCAAAGAUAAAUGAAAUCGUCAGUUCCAAAGCAAAAGAAAUAGCUGGAGGUAGUCAAAGUGCGGAAACCAUAAACCAGCAAAAUUCUGCUAAGGAAGCUGGGAAACUGCAGCUUAAGGAAUUCGAGUUGCUAAAGAGGAGUAGUGAUAGCUUCAAUUGAAUACGUCUCAGGACCAUUGAAUUUUUUUUUGGGACAUUGUGAUGUAGAUAUUUCAUAUGCUAUGUAAUCAUUUAUUGCAGCAUUUCAUUAUGUAAAAGCACACAAUCAUAUAUCAUUACGCAAAUUUCUAGCCUUUUAAUCUUUA